UUUCUAGUCCCAGAAACAGACAACUAUUUACUGCAGCAGCAGAAAAAAGAACAGCAGGGAGGCAGCAAAAGUGACAGGAUUUCUUUUUUUAACUGCACAGCCUCGGAAAGCUGUUAAGGCCUUCGAAAGAGGAAGAAAAAAGAAACCGUUUCCGUUCCCUCGCGCGCUUGCCCGCUUUAAGUUUCUCCCGUCCGUUGAUCAUCCAUUGGUAGAACGUACGUAGACACGAAGCAACCUUCCUUCCUCCCCCUUUUCUCGAUCGCUCCGAUUUGUUUAUCGAGGCAAGCAGAGUUUUUAACUGCUCUUGGAAUAUAAUUGAUCCCUUCCUCCUCUGCUCCCCGCUGCCGUGCUCUGGAGUGCAUGGACCCGUUCCCCGCAACGACACAUCCUUCCUAGCUUCUUCUUCCAUUGAUCCAGUAAACCCCGCAGACUAGAUUAGAGAGAGCUCUGGAGUGCAUGCACCACGCAGUAGUUAGCUAGCGGAGGAGAGCAAGAAGCCAGCCAGCUGAAUUGGGCAACUGAGGGAGGUCCGGAAGCACCCAGAAGCUUCUAGGACAGGCAAGGAACGUCGUCCCAUACAGCAUGGGCAACGCUUGCUUGUUCUGCUGCACCACCACCACCUCGCCUCAGCCACACGCGCCCGAGUCGGCGGAAGCACCGCCGCCGCCGCCGUAUACCAGGAAGAAGAAGCCGCAGACGACACCAUCCACGAGCCAAAGCCACAGCCAGGGCAAACCAAGCCCCACCGCCGCCAGGGCCAGCCCUAACCCGAAGCCCAGACCUAGCCGACCCAGGCCCAAGCCCAACCCAUACGCAGCGGCGUCGCCGUCCCGCGGCCCCGGCGGCCCGCGGGUGCUGGACGGCGUGGUGCCGCACCACCCGCGCGGGCCACGCGUGACGGACAAGUACCACCUGGGCCGCGAGCUGGGCCGGGGCGAGUUCGGCGUGACCAGGCUCGCCACGGACCGCGGCCCGUCACGGGAGCGGCUGGCCUGCAAGUCCAUCCCCAAGGCCCGGCUCCGGACGGCCGUGGACGUGGCCGACGUGCGCCGGGAGGUGUCCAUCAUGGCGUCGCUCCCCGACCACCCGGCGCUCGUGCGGCUCCGGGCCGCCUACGAGGACGUGGACGCCGUGCACCUCGUCAUGGAGCUCUGCGACGGCGGGGAGCUGUUUGACAGGAUCGUGGCCCGCGGGCGGUACACGGAGCGCGCCGCCGCGGCCGCGGCCAGGACCGUGGCCGAGGUUGUGCGCGCGCUGCACGCCGCCGGGGUCGUGCAUCGGGACCUCAAGCCGGAGAAUUUUUUGUAUAAGGGGAAGAGCGAGGACGCGCAGCUCAAGGCCAUCGACUUUGGACUCUCCGUCUUCUUCCGGCCAGGCGAGCGGUUCACGGAGAUCGUGGGCAGCCCGUACUACAUGGCCCCGGAGGUGCUCCGCCGUAACUACGGCCCCGAGGUGGACAUCUGGAGCGCCGGCGUCAUCCUCUACAUCCUCCUCUGCGGCGUCCCUCCCUUCUGGGCCGAGACGGAGCAGGGCGUGGCGCGCUCCAUCCUGCGCGGCGUGGUGGACUUCCAGCGCGAGCCCUGGCCCCGGAUCUCCGACAGCGCCAAGAGCCUCGUGCGCCAGAUGCUCGAGAUGGACCCAAAGAAGCGCCUCACCGCCCGCCAAGUCCUCGAGCACCCGUGGCUGCAGGACGCGAAGAAGGCGCCGAACGUGCCGCUGGGCGACAUCGUGCGCGCGAGGCUGAAGCAGUUCUCGGUGAUGAACCGGUUCAAGAAGAAGGCGAUGCGGGUGAUCGCGGAGCACCUGUCGGCGGAGGAGGUGGAGGUGAUCAAGGAGAUGUUCGCGCUCAUGGACACGGGCAAAAACGGCCGGGUCACGCUCCAGGAGCUCAAGGCCGGCCUCACCAAGGUCGGCUCCAAGCUCGCCGAGCCCGAGAUGGAGCUGCUCAUGGAGGCCGCUGACGUGGAUGGCGACGGGUACCUUGACUACGCCGAGUUCGUGGCCAUCACCAUCCACCUGCAGCGGCUCUCCAAUGACGAGCACCUGCGCACGGCGUUCCUCUUCUUCGACAAGGACAGCAGCGGCUACAUCGAGCGCCAGGAGCUGGCCGACGCGCUCGCCGACGACAACGGACAGGCCAACCACGCCGUCGUCGACCACGUCCUGCAAGAGGUGGACACGGACAAGGAUGGCCGGGUCAGCUUCGAGGAGUUCGUGGCCAUGAUGAAGUCCGGGACGGACUGGCGGAAGGCGUCCAGGCAGUACUCCAGGGAGCGGUUCAAGACGCUCAGCAACAGCCUCAUCAAGGACGGAUCGAUCUCCAUGGCACGCUAACGCUAGCCGCACUUGUUUUAUGAUGUUCAGACUUCAGGGUCCCGAUUCAGAACUGGUCAAUGUGCGAUGCUUGGUUUUUGAUGCAUACAGCAUACAUCACUCGAAUUUCCUGGUCUUCUGCUUCUUCAGUUUGUUUUGUAUAUUACGUUUGUUGUAGACCAUCUGAAUUUUCCGUAUAAGAUUGAAAGGGAAAUGUCUUUCAACAUGCGUUGGCCCAUGGAUGUAACUAGUUGCACAAGUUACCACAGGUGUUCAAUUUGUAGAAAGGAAUCCAAGUUACCACAAGGGUUCAAUUUGUUGCAGAAA